AUGGCCGCGCCCUUCCUCAUCCCCUCUCCAACAGUAUCUACCUUCGGCGGGCAAGUACCCUACCCGAUCGUCCCUCCUUCACCAGUCUACAAUCCCGGAAUAUCGCCGUACGUCUCUCAAGGUCUGAACGGAAUUUAUCCAACUUACCCACAGAAUGGACCAAGGGUCUACCCAAUACCCACUGCCGGAGUAGCAGGGGGCGCCCUCCUUCCGUACCAGCAGCCGUAUUACCCUGGGACCACCUUGGCUUCUACCGUUGCUCCAACGAUGAGCGUAUCUACACCGACGACUUUGGCCGUUCAACCCUAUCGGAGUCAGCCACAAAUGAUCGUACCUUAUCAACAACUUCCUGCUGCCCUCUAUGGUCGUGGGUAUGGUCGGUUCUAUCCUCGCAGCUCGUAUCGGAAAAGAUGGGGACGUUCUUAUUACGAUGAUGAUGACGACUCAGAUUGCUUUUGCGGGUGUGGGAAUGGGCGUUAG